UAAGUAAUACUGUGAAUGAGAAAUUGGCACUCGGUAUAGUAUAAAACUGGAGAAAUUUCUCUUCUGAUCACCAGGGAUCAAAAUGAAUCUGAAGUUAGUAGUUGUCCUUCUAGGUUUCUUGUGCAUUUCACAAGCCUAUCCUAGGAAUCAUCGCCGGCAAGAUGGGGAAUCUGCUGACGAGGAUCUCGAAAAACAAAUCGAGGAGGAGUUUGAAGAACUCUUGAAAGAUGAAGGAAGACUGAGAAAAGGUGGAAAAGAAAAUCAAUCAGGAGGUGGAAGAGGCGAAGGAAGACUGGGUAACAAAGGACCAAAAAGACCAAGCAGUACGGCAGAGCCAGAUCAAAACGACAGACCAGCAAGACCAGAAACAAAUGGAGAGAGACCAAAACCCUCGGAUAUGCCUGUAAUGCCAGAGAAUCGUCGGCGAGCAUAUGAGGAAUCUGUUGACGAGGAUCUAGAAAAAGAAAUAGAAGAGGAGCUCGAAGACUUCUUGAAAGGCGAAGGAAGCUCUAGGAAAGGCGGCAAAGAAGAAAAAUUAGGAGGCGGAAAAGACAAAGAUAGUGGUAAAGGAAGAAUGGGUAACAAAAGACCAAAAAGACCAAGCAGUACGGCAGAGCCAGAUCAAAACGACAGACCAGCAAGACCAGAAACAAAUGGAAAGGGACCCAAACCUUCGGAUAUGCCAGUAAUGCCAGAGAAUCGUCGGCGAGCAUAUGAGGAAUCUGUUGACGAGGAUCUAGAAAAAGAAAUAGAAGAGGAGAUCGAAGACUUCUUGAAAGGUAAAGGAAGCUCUAGGAAAGGCAGCAAAGAAGAUAAAUUAGGAGGCGGAAAAGACAAAGAUAGUGGUAAAGGAAGAAUGGGUAACAAAAGACCAAAAAGGCCCCAUGGUACAGCAGAACCGGAUACGAAUGGAGAUAGACCAGAAAACACGGGAGAAAAUGGAGGAAGACCAGAAAACCCCGAUAAAAGUCAGGAUAAACCAGAAAUCCCAGAAGAAAAUGAGGGUCAGGAUCCUGAAAACAGACCUAGCGAACAAUCAGUAAAACGCCGAAAAAUAGCUCUUUAUAGAGCUCUUGGUUCUUUAUAUCGAAGGCAUUAAAUGAUACCAGACAACGGACAAGGAAACGAUCACAAGAUUAAAGAUUCAACGACAAACAAAUGACAUUUCUAUCUUAUUUUCAUUAUUUGCUUCAUUAAAAAUAUUAUGUCCAUAAAA